UUCUCCUUCUACACCAAGCGUGAGGUGGAGCGCUUGUCAGUGUGCAAAGUGACCUCGUCGCGACAGCGCGACGUGAUGAACCGACCGCUGGCCAACGGGCUGUACGACGCACGCAUGGGUCCGACCGACAACUGGGACACCUGUGUCACCUGCGGCCUCGAAUACGGCCUCUGUCCAGGCCACUUUGGGCACAUCGAUCUGCCGCUGCCGACCUACACGCAC